AUGGGAGGGCACAGCAAUAACAACGGAGAAGAGCAGAAGGUCGAGAAAGGAUAUGCCACCCUUGCGACCCUCAGGGUCGGAGUCAGAGCAUGGGUCGACAAGGACGAUGAGAAACGCAAGGCCGAGAUUCUCUCUGUCCAAACGCGCAGAGGCAAACCCACCUUUUACGUCCAUUACCAGGAUUUCAACAAGCGAUUGGAUGAAUGGGUAGCAGCUGAGCGUAUUGAUCUGUCGAGAGAGGUGGAAUGGCCUCUCCCCGACAAAUCGGACACAAAGCAGAAGAAGACUACAAGCAAGACGACAGCGAAAGCCGAACCCUCCAAAGCAAACAAAGCACCAAAACGAUCACGAGCGUCAAGUGUCAGGGAGCUUUCUGCAACACCGACCGAAGCAUCGCAAUCAUCCAAAGCAGGCACUCGUCGACCAUCGUUGGCAGGUGGAGAUCACAGGUCACCGUCUGUGGCCGUACUCGCACCCGAGAUUGGCGAUGGAACGCCACAGCCAGACGGCGAGGUUGACGACGAUACUGUAGAUCUUAUUGAUGUGCAGAAUGCUGCCGCGGCCGCAAAGGCGAUUCCAGACCAUCUGUACUCGCGUGAAGAAGAGAUCGAAAAGCUGCGAACCAGUGGUUCAAUGACACAGAAUCAAACCGAGAUCAGUAGAGUCAGAAACCUCGAAAAGAUCCAGAUGGGCGCUCACGAGAUUGAACCUUGGUAUUUCUCGCCAUACCCUGUUGAAUUUUCCGACUGCGAGCUGGUCUACAUCUGCGAGAUGUGUCUUCUCUAUUUUGGCAACGAGAGGCAGUUCAAGCGGCACAGAAGCAAGUGUACUCUCUUGCAUCCUCCUGGCAACGAAAUCUACCGCGACGACAUGGUCAGCUUCUUUGAGAUUGACGGCAGGAGGCAGAGAACUUGGUGCAGAAACCUAUGUCUUCUGAGCAAGCUUUUCCUGGACCACAAGACGCUCUACUACGAUGUGGACCCCUUUUUAUUUUAUUGCAUGACCACGCGCGAUCAACACGGUCAUCAUUUGGUUGGGUAUUUCUCCAAGGAAAAAGAAAGCGCCGAGGGAUACAACGUGGCAUGUAUUCUGACUCUACCACAAUAUCAACGCAAGGGUUAUGGUCGACUACUCAUUGCCUUCAGCUACGAACUCAGCAAGCGUGAAGGCAAGUUAGGAAGUCCUGAGAAACCGCUCAGUGAUCUUGGACUUCUCGGCUACCGUGCAUUCUGGCAAGAGAUCAUUGUCGAAUUCUUGGUCGAGAGCAAAGGCGAAUUGAGCGUUGAGGAUAUUGGAGCGCAGACUGCCAUGACAACCAACGACGUGCUGCACACGUUACAGAACUUGAACAUGUUACGUUAUUCCAAAAAUCAUCAUGUGAUCGUCCUCACAGAAGCCAUUCUCAAACAAAGAGAGCGACAGAAAGAAAAGGAAAAGAUCAAGGGUAAACACCAAAUUGAUGCAGAAAAGCUGCAGUGGAAACCACCAGUUUUCACAGCAGCGAGCAGGACUUGGAACUGGUAA